GUGGGUGUCGCUGUGCAUCGAGACUCGCGCUGAUGCAGCGAGCACUUUUAAACACAUAAACGCUACGGUUGUCAGUGCGGGAAGUCGAAAGGUGUACACCGCGGUAUUGACUGUCAGCGACUUGGACUGGACGGAUCCAUUCCAUUUAGGCUACAUGCUGCAAAGAUACCAGUAGCCUAUUAGUCUGUCUGAAUUUCUACUUUACUUGUGUGGUCCUCUGGCCGCGUUUCGUUUGUAUGGGGACAGUGCAAGACGAAGCGUUUCAGCACCCACUGCGAAUUGAACAGGGAAAUGGUAACAUAUGAACCACAUUGGAAGGAACAUGGUUGAGAGGACCAGUAAAUUUUUGUUCAUUGUUGUCGGAUCUGUUCUCUUCAUGCUGAUUUUAUAUCAGUACGUGGCGCCGGGGAUGAUGAACUUCGGGUCUCCCCACGGUUACAUCGUUGAAGACGAUGCGGAUAUCUUCCCGACUCCCGAUCCACAUUAUGUGAAGAAGUACUAUUUUCCAGUUAGAGACUUGGAACGCACGGUGGAUUUCGACAUCAAAGGGGACGAUGUUAUUGUGUUUCUUCACAUACAGAAAACCGGGGGUACCACUUUCGGGAGGCACCUGGUUCAAAAUGUGAGGCUAGAGGUGCCGUGCGAUUGCAGACCCGGACAGAAAAAGUGUACCUGCUAUCGCCCAAACAGAAAAGAGACCUGGCUGUUUUCACGAUUUUCUACCGGUUGGAGUUGUGGUUUACAUGCAGACUGGACCGAGCUCAUCAAUUGCGUACCAACAGUGCUUAAUAAAAAGGAGAACAAAUUGAAAAACUUAAGGAAGUACUACUACAUCACGCUGCUGCGUGACCCAGUGUCGCGCUACCUGAGCGAGUGGCGGCACGUGCAGCGCGGAGCCACCUGGAAGACUUCGCUGCACAUGUGCGACGGCCGCACGCCCACGCCCGAGGAGCUGCCCGCCUGCUACGAGGGCACGGACUGGUCAGGCUGCACGCUGCAACAGUUCAUGGACUGCCCGUACAACCUGGCCAACAACCGUCAGGUGCGCAUGCUGGCCGACCUGAGCCUGGUGGGCUGCUACAACAUGUCCUUCAUGCCCGAGAAGAAGCGCGCCCAGAUCCUGCUCGAGUCGGCCAAGAAGAACCUGCGCGACAUGGCCUUCUUCGGCCUGACCGAGUUCCAGCGCAAGACGCAGUACCUGUUCGAGCGCACCUUCCGCCUGCGCUUCAUCCGCCCGUUCAUCCAGUACAACAGCACGCGCGCCGCCGGCGUGGACCUGGACAACGACACCAUCCUGCGCAUCGAGGAGCUCAACGAGCUGGACAUGCAGCUGUACGACUACGCCUGGGACCUGUUCCAGCAGCGCUACCAGUACCGCCGGCAGCUGGAGCGCCGGCAGAUGCGCCUGCAGAGGAGCGGGGGGCUCUUCGCCCAGCGGCGCGGCGGGGGUCCCAGCGAGGACCCGCUGCAGCCCCACGGAGACGAGCCGCCGGCCGAGGAGGCCGCCCGGUUGCCCACGGAGGACUACAUGAACCACAUCAUCACGCGAUGGUAGCACAGGACCACAGGGGAGGGGCAGGCAAACAGAUGGGAAGGGCAAAGAGAGGCAGCAGAGACUUAAAGGGGGGGGGCAUUUGGUAUUUGGGGGGUGGUGCGGGAGGGCAAAAGGAUAUGAGGAAGUGGUUGAAGAGGAAUCCCCUCUCAUGAAAUAGCAUGCUCAUAAAAGACUGGUGCCCACCCAUCUUCCAACAGAGAGGCAUGAUGUCAGCAGUCAGCUGUCUCCUCCCAGAAGCCCUGUACCCCAAUCCCUCUGUGUCUCAGACCAAACCUCCUUAUAUGUGGCCGGGGGACGUGUCUGUGUGGAUGUGGGACUUCCCAGAAUUCCUUGCGAGGCCCUUUCCUAUGUGGAGCCGCCGUUGAGCUGCUGAGACAGCCGAGACAGUUGUCCCAGGCUUGAGACUGUGCAACCCCAUGUCCCCAUCCAGUGCACCCCUCCCUAGGGAAGUCAAUCCACUGCACAUAGUAAGAAAAAAAAGAUUAAGAGAACAAAGAUGAACAAAACAUGUAUAAAGAGAUAUUUGCUUAAGUGUCAGCUAUCAUUUCAGCUAUGGAUGUGUGACUUUGAUGGUCCAUGCCAUUUUAAUGGAACAUGGCUUUUAAGUUUGGGUUUCUUUGUUCCUGAUGCUCCUACCCAACGAGAACAUUUAAAACUGUAUGACCAACAGAGCUGCCUAAAGUCUUUCUGGAUGCAAUUUCUCAGCUUCUUACUAUCCAUUGACAAACGAAAACAAUGGCUUGAAGAUUUUUUUUUUGUAUUUUAAGUAUGGACAGAUUGGAUUUGUGCUGGUUGGACCAUUGCCUUUAUUUAAGCCUUUCAGAUUAUGGGAAAUCAGUAAUUUAAGUGUACUAAUAUAUUCUACCAGAGUGUUAAAGACUGUAGACUACUCAACAACUUUGACCCUGUUUCUCACACACACACACACACACACACACACUGUACAGUACACUUACCCCUACACAAGUGGGAGACCAGUCACUCUCCCUAACAGUUAGGGGAGAGAUAGAACACACACACACACACACACACACACACACAGGGAGAGGGAGGGGGAGAAGCCAGUAGCCAGUCAGGGAGCUGACUGCAUGUCAUAGCUAUGGAAUCAUGUUGCAACUGCCCUGUCAUCACUGCUUGUGUUUGUUUAUUUCAUAAUUUGUUGUAAGAUCAAAGAAGGCAUUACCUUUCCUUUUUACUUUUUUUAAAACAUAGUUUUAAUUUGUGUUGUCUGUGAACCAAGGGAUCAACUAAAGGUGUGUUUGGCGCAUUGGAAAAUGUUCAUAUGUGUGUGUGUGUGUGUGUGUGUGUGUGUGUGUGUGUGUGUGUGUGUGUGUGUGUGUAGGAGUGCAGAGGCAGUUGAGCAGGUGUGGUCUGAGUGAUUGCCUUGGCCAGAGGGCCGCUGCAUUCUGCCUUACCAUUCCCUUGAGAGCAGCCCACUGCUCCUCUACUGUGUACUCCUGUUCCACAGAGACACUGGAUACUACGAAUGCAUGCUGUGUGUCACAGUCAAUGUGCGCGCCAUUACGUCAGGUUGAUUAAUUAGCUAACGUACGAGUAUGGGAGUCUGAGGAGUAUGUUUUAGUCUAUACCAUAUUGUGUGUGUGUGUGUGUGUGUGUGUGUGUGUGUGUCUGUCUGUGUGUCUGUGUGUGCGUGCAUCAACUGUAGUGUAAAUUGUUUCAUGACCAAUCUAAUGCCAUGCUCUUCAGGGACUGAAUAUAUCUUAAGCUAGUCUGAGCUCACUCGUAAGUCUCCUAUGCAGUCUCAUCACUAGGAGCUGCUGGUUGUUCUGCUGUCAAGUCAGUCAAGCAGCAACGGAGCAGACAGCAGCAGGAGUCUGUAACUGAUCUGCCAGGCCUGGGUCAGACCCACAGGGGAUCCGGCCCUAGUGAGGACCAGGCCUGGGUCAGACCCAGAUAGGCUCUAUCCCAGCACUACCUGUGGGAGGUCAGGGGAAGGGGCACACCACUGGCUAUUGGUCCUAUUUAAUUUAUUCUUUUUUUUUUCUUUUUUGUGAAAUAUAUGUAAACUUUUCUUUUACCAAGAACUGAAAUACUGCUUUGUUUGGGACAUAAUCACAGGAAAAUUAACUGCUUUCAAAUUCUGGCUGAUGUGUUUGACAUUGUAUUUUCUUCUUCUUUUCUGUGUUUUUGAAGAAGAAGCCGUGUGUAAUGCUUACCGAUGUUGUCCUUAUUUCAGGUAGCUUUCAUGGUGCGCUGAAACCCUCUGUAAUGUAUCAUACCAGAUAAGGGAUAUAAUUCUGUUGUGUGAGGAUGGCUGUGAGUUGCUCAUGGUGUCAAGUCUGUUGGCAGUGCAUUUCUGACCCAAGUUCGUGACUGGUUCCCUGUUGUCUCUGAUAUCAUUCUGUGUGCAUCCUCCACAGAGUGUCCUCAUGUAAAUCAACUAACUGGACUAUGUAAGCAAGAAUGUGUGUGUGGGUGUGUGUGUGUGUGUGUGAGUGUGAAUGUUUGUUUGCGAGUGUGCUUGCAUGUGUCCUGAUAAGAUUGGGGGAAUGCCUCCCCCCCCCCCAUUUCCAGUUCAGAUCUAUUGAGUUCCCAAUCCAUCCAUUUUUUUAGCCACCACCUCUCAUACAGUGCCCAUACAUGUGCUAUCUCCUUGCUUUCAAAUCCAGCCCAGCAAGUCUGAGGUAAGCGCAAGGACCGCAGGCCCAGGACAUACAGUAUGCUAAAGUAAAGCAAAGCAGGCCUAUUUGUUGUCCUUUGUGAAUAUGCGCCUGCACUUUAUUAAGCUUGCCCAGCGCAAUGGAACUAAUGCAUUAAUCCCCAGAGUGCAAGUCCCAGCCUUUCUGGCACCGCAAACAAAGUCACUGAAGCGCUAAGAGCAGUGCUAAGCGCUACAAGCAACGGAGGACAAGCAAACAAACAGCGUUGCGUUUUUCCCCUUCUCCAGACUGGGCCUGCACGACUGCAGAAGUCGUGGCUUUGCACGAGACUAUAAUCAGGACGGGCGCUGACUGGGCGAGUUUGAACAGAAUAAAAAAGGUUCAGGAGAACUGGAGGUCAGCAGAGUUUAUACUGUCCAACUCUCUCCAAUACAGUCACGUGGUCACUCUCUGGGUAUAUUUGUAAUCAUCACAAAAGCAGACUGGAUCAUUAAAGAUACCAAUAAAGAAAAAGAAUUUCAUUUUUAUACAAAAGCA